AUGACGACGCGCAGUCUGCUUUCUGGUCCCAUCACCUUCACCGAUGCCAAGGCUCGAAGUGUCAAUAUUCUUCACGCUUUGCAAUAUCCAUCACAAAAAGAAGCCUUUUACAGGCGUAUAGAGGGCCACCGGGUGCUGCUCGCUGAGGUUGUCGCUCACCACCUCGGCAUCAAAACAGCCGACGUUGAUAUCUCCCCCCAGGAAUACUGGCGUCACGGAUCCUUCAAUCUCUGUGUACCUGUCGGUUUCCGUAUCGAUUACUCAGCCCAGCCACAUGUCCCAAAACAUGUUCUAAUCCGCUUUCCUUUGCCAUACCGCGUCGGCGAGGCUGAGAAACUUGGGAACUCUGAUGAGAAGUUGAAUUGCGAGGCCGCGACGUACGCAUGGCUACAAGAGAACUGCCCAUCCAUUCCUAUUCCACGACUGUACGGCUUUGGGCUAUCUACGAAUCAGAGGUUUACGCACCUUGAGUUCCUGCCUUGGUGGUCACGCUGCUUACAGCGUAUUCGACGAUUCGUACUUGCUGCUUUUCGCUUCCGACAGCCCUCAUCAUACGUCAGUCACUCCUCGAGUCAAUUUGCCGCCCUUGAUAUUGGGUACCUCAUCAUCGAAACGAUUACAGCGGACCGUGGGGAGAUGCUUUCGAACUCUUGGGACGACAACCAUACAUGCACUCGCCUUCGAGAGAACUUACAACGUAAUCUGGCCAGGAUAUUGCUCUCGCUGUCUAGCAUUAGCUUGCCGCGUAUCGGCUCAUUUCGCCUAGACAGCAAGGGCUAUCUACAUUUGGUCAAUCGGCCCCUGAGUGUGCAACACAUGAUGCAUGAGAACGAAGGAUACCCCCUUGACAUUCCACGCAACAAGACUUUUCUCAACGUCAAGGAGCUGGUGCUUUACUGUCUAACGGCUUUUGAUAAUCGGCUACUUAGUCAGCCAAAUUCGAUCACGAGUCGCCAUGAUGCACUCACGCAGAUGUCUAGUCUUACUGUUGCCAAGACCAUAUUCCCACAACUAUUUCGACGUGAACUUGCCAAUGGGCCAUUCGUGCUAACUUUGACCGAUCUUCACAAGAGUAACAUUUUCGUUAAUAAGGACUGGGAAAUUACCUGUAUCAUCGACCUCGAGUUUGCUUGCUCACUGCCAGUAGAGUUUCUCGAAUCACCGUCGUGCUGGCUGGAGGAUGGGCUGGUGCACGAGUCGGCGAUUGACGACUUUGCGCCCAAAUAUGCAGAAUUCAUUGAGCACCUACGACACGAAGAGCAGCUCCAGAACUGUCAAGAAAGCAAAAAGCGUCUCUCAUCUAUCAUGGAGCAAAUGUGGGAAAAUGGCACGUUUUGGUUUACGCUGGCUCUGAAAUGUCCGAUUGCCUUCAAUGAAAUCCUAUUCGACAGAAUCUUACCGAGCUACUUUGGUGUUGCGGUGGACGAGCUGAGAGAAGCCGACUACAGCCUCGCUGCCCUGACAUGGGGAUCCAAUAUCUCGGGCAUUAUCGACCGAAAACUACAAGAUCAAGAGGAGUACCAGAAGAAGCUUCAUCAAGCCUUCACCGAUUAA